CAUUUCAUUCAAUUACUUUCAUUGUUCUGCUUUUAGAAAGUAGGAAACGUGUAUUUUAUAUGCUAAUAGCAGUUUUCGCUAUAUUUUUACGGAGUAAAAAUGUUUUCCAUAAGGUACAUUAAUUCUAAGUCGGGCACCUUCAGCCGAAGUAUUACAAACAGGCGAACCUCUGUUAAGAAAGAAAGAAAGAAAGAAAGAAAGAAAGAAAGAAAGAAAGAAAGAAAGAAAGAAAGAAAGAAAGAAAGAAAGAAAGAAAGAAAGAAAGAAAGAAAGAAAGAACUGGGAAAAGGGAAAUUAUGUUUAAUGCCAUUAAAUUCCACCAUAAUAUAUAAUGAAAUAUGAUUAUGUUCAUCAUUAAUGAGAAAUUGCUCUCCUUGGACUAAUGGAUAGUCGUUUAAUUGUUCCUGUUCCUAGAUGUUAAAUGCAGUUAUUUUACAUCACCACAUGGAGGCACUGAAGACCAUGGUAUCUAGAUAUUAUUUAUAAAGCCACAAGACUCCUCCCAAAAACAGAGGAUGAUGUUUGUCUGGGCUUUGUUACAAAGAGACGCAGGGCGAGAGAGAGAGGGCGAAAAAUUAUCCAACUGCUUUGUAUAAAUUGGAGAAAGUGGAUUUUUGUGGUAUCCUUUUCUCAUAAGUAUAUGACGGUUGUGGGAGGACACCGGAUGCGUGCCUCUUUGGGGUGGAUUUAAUAAUGGAUUUCUCAAGCCAAACGAAUUGUGUCCGGGCUUAUUUUGUGGCCGUGCUGCUGAAUUCUUGCUGGGAGGCGGUGUCUGGACAGCUCUCGUAUUCUGUGUCAGAGGAGGUAAAUCCAGGGGCUUCUGUUGGAAAUAUCGCCAAGGAUCUAAAUCUCAAUGUCCAAGAUUUAGAGUCUCGUAAGUUUCAGAUUGUUAGUGGAUCACAAAAAAAAUAUUUUGAUGUCAAUCUAAAAACUGGUGUUCUUUAUGUCAAUGAAAGAAUCGACCGCGAGGAGCUUUGUGGGAGGACUACAAAAUGUACUGUCAACGUAGAGGCCGUGAUCAACGACCCUCUGAAGCUUUAUCGUUUAGAGAUAACUAUAAAAGAUAUAAACGACAACGCGCCGGUUUUCUCUGAGCAAUUGCAAUCGCUUGACGUUGCAGAAAGUACUUUGCCAGGAGUCAAAUUUGGACUGAUAGAGGCAUCGGAUUUGGAUGUUGGUAAGAACGAUGUUAAUACGUAUAGACUUAGCAAUAACGAUUAUUUUUCAUUAGAAAUUCACAAAGGAGAAGAUAGCGUGUCUGCUGAGUUAGUACUGCAGAAAUCAUUAGACAGAGAGCAUGACUCUGUUAUAACACUCACACUCACUGCAGUAGACGGAGGAAAUCCAUCGAAGUCAGGAACCUCGCAAAUUAUUAUUACGGUUUUGGAUACCAAUGACAACCAUCCGGUUUUCAGUAAAUCUCUAUACAAAGUUAAAAUUCCUGAAAACCCGCUUACAGGAUAUACUGUGAUCACGCUAAAUGCAACAGACGUGGAUGAAGGUUUAAACGGAGAAAUAGAAUAUUCUUUGAGAAAAAAAGGCCAAGACCAUAUUUUGGAUUUAUUUCAAAUUGACUCUAAAACCGGAGCGAUUUUAGUCAAAGGCGAAAUCGAUUAUGAAGAGAGUCCUGCGUUUGAGAUCCAUGCUCAGGCAAGUGACAAAGGCCAGCCUCCGAUGUCUGCUCGUUGUAAAGUGCUCGUGGAAGUGUUGGAUUUAAAUGACAACGCUCCCGAGAUCACGGUGACAUUACUACUGAAUACGGUGAAAGAGGACGCAGAAGUAGGUACAGCCAUUGCACUUGUUUCUGUUUUAGACAAAGAUGGUGGGGAAAACGGAGCAGUAAAAGCUGUAAUUACAAAUGAAACUCCUUUCAAACUGGACACAAAUUAUAAAAAUUACUACUCCUUAGUAGUUAAUGGUCCACUUGAUAGAGAAAAUAUGGCCGAGUACAAUGUCACAAUAAUAGCAACUGAUGAAGGGUCUCCACCUCUCUCCAGCAUCAGCAUAAUUAGUGUUCAUGUUUCUGAUGUUAAUGACAACCCGCCUCGCUUCUCAGAGCCGCUACUUAAUAUUUACGUUAAAGAGAACAGUCCAGUAGGAGCAGUUAUUAAAACUGUGACUGCAGCUGAUCCUGAUAAAGAUAAAAAUGGUCAGGUGACCUAUUCGUUUAUACAAGGUAGCAGUGACUCACAACCGUUUUCUACAAUGAUUAAUAUCAACUCAGAGACUGGAGACAUAGUCAGCCUGCAGUCUUUUAACUAUGAGGAGUUCAAAACAUUCCAAUUUAAAGUUCAGGCCACAGACUCUGGUGUUCCUCCGCUCAGCAGCAACGUCACUGUCAACGUUUUUAUCCUGGAUGAAAAUGACAACAGUCCCACGAUUCUUGCACCCUAUUCUGAGCACGGCUCAGUUAACAGUGAGAGCAUCCCUUAUUCUGCUGAAGCGGGAUACUUUGUGGCAAAGAUCAGGGCUGUAGAUGCAGACUCUGGAUAUAAUGCGCUGCUUUCUUAUCACCUGUCUGAGCCCAAAAGAAACAACCUGUUCAAGAUUGGAACCAGCACCGGCGAGAUCAGGACUAAGAGGAAAAUGAAUGACAAUGACCUGAAAACUCACCCAUUGGUGGUCUUGGUUUCUGAUAACGGAGAACCCUCUCUGUCAGCUACUGUGUCUAUUGAUGUGGUGGUGGUUGAAAGCACAGCUGAAAUCCAGACUCAGUUCAGACACGUGCCUAUAAAGGAGGACAGCUUCUCUGAUUUGAACCUGUAUCUGCUGAUCGCCAUUGUGUCGGUGUCCGUCAUCUUUCUGCUGAGUCUCAUCAGUUUAAUAGCAUUCAGAUGCCACAGGACAGACGGCAGUUUCAGCAGGUACAGUGCCCCAAUGAUCACCACCCACCCUGACGGGAGCUGGUCUUACUCUAAAGCUACUCAGCAGUACGACGUAUGUUUCAGCUCAGACACACUCAAGAGCGACGUAGUGGUUUUCCCCGCCCCGUUUCCACCUGCAGAUGCAGAGCUGAUCAGUAUUAACGGAGGCGACACUUUUACCAGAACUCAGACUUUACCGAACAAAGAAAAGCCCAAGGCACCGAAUUCAGACUGGAGAUAUUCAGCCUCCCUGAGAGCAGGAGGUGUAAUGCAGAGCUCAGUGCAUAUGGAGGAGUCUUCAGUAAUGCAGGGAGCCCAGGGCGUCCUGGUUCAGAACUGGCCCACUGCAUCCAGUGCUGCUGAUGGUGAAGGAGGAGAAGUUUCACCCCCAAUGGGUGCUGGCGUAGACAGCAACAGCUGGCACUUUCGCUAUGGCCCGGGUGGUCCCGGUGCACCUCCACAGCACCUAAAGCCUGGUGAGGUUCCCCCAGAAGCCUUCAUUAUCCCUGGCUCCCCUGCCAUAAUAUCCAUCAGACAGAACCAGGGAGGAGAGGAUGACAAGAGUGAUUUCAUUACCUUUGGAAAGAAAGAGGAGGCCAAGAAGAAAAAGAAGAAGAAGAAGGAAAAGAAAGACAAAAAGGAUAAAGGAAAGGAUGAUGGAGAUGAGUAGGGGAGUAGAGAAUUAAAACCACCAAGUGGAAAAGGGUGUUGUUAAAACAGAGGUAUCAACUAAAGUCCACUGGGAAAAAUAAAUUGUCAAAACAAUUCAAAAUUGUUCUUAAUUUCAUAUUUUAAGCUUAAUGUUGAUUUAAAAAUAUAUCUGUUGUGAACCUGGCCUUUCCAAGACUUGUUUUGCCUUCAGUUCCUCACUGUGGUAAAUUACUGAUCUUACCUUGAGAGAAUAUAUAAUACAAUAAUAAAAUUAUAUAGUUUUCCCCACACCCCUGUGUGCCUAUACACUCUGAGUCAACUCACGACAUCCUUUCAACUCCUUUAACCCAAUGGGCAUGUUGGCACCUCUGUCUUACCCCACUCAAGCUACAGUGUAUAAACCACUCUCUCUCAGAGGAGACAAGAUACUUGUACAAGAACAACUAAAAGCUGUGCCAGCCAAGUAAAAGAAGAAACAUAAAAAAAGACUGAGACAGAUGUAUGCAGUCUGGAGCUGGACACACUCUACUUGUAAAUAUCACAGGCGAGAGUCACCUAAAUUAAGGCUAACAAGAAACUGCUGCAGCUUCCUCUGGUAAUUACCAACAGUGUUUCCUGAGAUCUCAAUGAAACCACAUGCGCAUGCUCACAUUCAAACAUGCAAACACAAACUUACUUGCUAUGACAUAGGGGACACAGAAAGCACUUGACACUAUGAGAGAGGGAGCAAAAAAAGCUUGCAUAAAAGAAAAGUGCUUAAAACCAGAAACUGCAAGCUUUUUGCCCUGCACAGUUGCCUAUGAGGUGCACAUCAACUCUCUCAGGAUGGAUGCAGCAUGCUUUGCAAUCACUCUGUAUUUGCUCACUGCAUUGAAAGAACACAUCUCCUGCCAGAACCCCAACUGAGGAAUACAGAGAACACUGGAAAGAUGGAGAGAAGACACCUCACAUUUCCUGAGUAUCACCGAGGGGAGAGUCCAGCGGAGCUGGCGCAUGACUCCACGCUGAGUCAGUGGACUCUGAUGGAAACUUAGUUCAUCAGGAGAGUCUUUGAUAACACCAUCUUUUCCCCCAGCUGCAGCAAAAGCCUAAUGCUUUCUGCUUUGAAUGUUUGGUAGCAACCAGUCCUUACCCAAUACCUUGAGUUUACAAAUACUCACCUGCUUGUACUUGCCCCAUGCUGCCAGGAGCCAUCUUCUCCUGUCCAAACCGCCUUUUUUUGUGACAAUGAAGUUUGUAAACAUGUUAUGUUUUCAUUCAUUUUCUGAGGAGAUUCAUUAGAACAUACUCAUUUUUUUUUCUUCUUCAUAGCUUUAAAUGGUUUUUGCUUGACAUACCCAUCACCAUUUACCCUCAAACACUGACCCUAAGCCCCAUUCUAACCCCCUGCCCAGGAUCAGUCCUGGGAGUGGCCUGUUCUGAACAUUGUGGUAUGCUGCUGAAAGCAGCAUGGAGUAAUGUGGAUGAGGCCUGGGGAAACCCAGUCGGGGAGGGGGUCUAUGCCCUGAACUCUUAAGUUUCUUAAGUGCAAAACGGUUCAGCGCUUUUAACUUGUGAAUAAUACACUAUGUGGUUCAUUUCUUGUUUAUAGCCACUAAUGAGAGGGGACCAGGUGGGAUGAGGCUGAUUACAGGGACCCUGGAGGACUGGGAUAGAGUGAGGAGACAGGUGCCAUGGGCUGGCCCUCCCUCUCCAUCUACAAGAUAAGUUUUCCUGCUGAUUGUUUAGGAUAGUUGAGUCACAUAUUAGCUUUUAUGUACGCUGUAAAUGUAGCGUAGACUAGAUUGUCUCUACAUUAGAAACUGAAAUUUGAUAAGAAUAUGGGCAUCUGAGGAUUCCCAUCCCAGAACUAUAUCCCACCAAUCCUCUCUCAGGAGGUUUUGAAAAAGGGGCGCACACAUGCCUCAAGGUCUGCUUCUGUUGGUUUCCCUGCCCUGCCUGUAACUUGUUGCCACAUCCCCAGAGUUUUGCGGCUCAGUAUGACGUCACUCCAUUAAGUGGCUGCUGCAUGUACUGCUCUAAGGAAACACAUACUAUAUAGAGAAAUAUAUAUAUAAAUAGAUAGAUGGCUAUGAUUUUAUUCUUUUGUAUUAUCAUUUUUCUUCAUUACUCACAGGAGAUAUUUGUAUGUACUUCUGUCUCUGCCAAACAUCUAUGUACUAAAAUCUUCACGCUCCACAGAUGUUGUAUGGCAUCCACUAAACUUCUUUAGAUAUUUGUAAAUGCUAUAGUGUGAUACCUUUCUGCGCAAGUUUAUUAUUUUUCUUUAACCAGAUAUGAUUUUGUUUUUGAGAACAAAUAAAGCAAGAAAAAAAAAACACUCUGUGUCUGGCUUUGACAUGAUGAUCUAACUAUCACUGUAUUAUUGUAACUGAAAUAUGUAUGAUCCUAUGAUGAGCUUUCACCUUUCACUCUUAAAAAAAAAAAGAAAAAAAAUCCAGUGUAAAAACUAAGAGGAUAUAUGUAGUGUAUGCUUGUGUUUAGUGAGCGUUCAUGCUGUCAUUCUUUCCCAAUGUAUGGUGGUGAACUAUGGUGGCUAUGUGCUGUCCUGAAUGGAUCAGCCGAGAUCUGUUGUAAAACCCUUUUUUGUACACCCUCUCAACUGUGACAGUGAAGUAGUGAAUUUCAUUUAUUUUCUUUGACUUUUUAUUUUACAUAAAUGGAUACAGUGGUAAUGUGUUUGGUUUAUAAAUCACUAAUAAAAUUUGCUUUCAUAAAAAUGCA